CUCAAACAGCUGCAGUGUUUGAGUUUCUAUCAGUAACUUACUAUGACACAUGGAGAGUAACCGUGUAAAUAUGGCUUGAAACUUUGGCUCACCAUUUUGGCGCUGGUUCGUAAUACCAUAUCAUACAUUUCCACAAACACCAAAGAAUAUUCUACGCCAGCAACUUUUAAUUUUGGCGUUAAUUGUGAUUAAACUGACGUUACUAUUAGAUGGUCCUGGGAAUAAGGAAGUGGAAUUAAGUCACUGUCAUCAGCUUCCAUUAUACGCUGUAUUUUACGGAUCUUACUGAAAACAACAAAAAUGUCGUUCCAGUCGCUGUUGAUCGGUUGGAUAAAUAUGUUUUUUGGAUUCUGUUUAGUUGGAUUACAAGUGGCAUGUUAUAUCAUGCUGCAUUAUUGGUACACCUGGGGCCUAUUCGAAGGACGAUUUGCCCCUGGCGCCUGGCUAGGAGGAUGGAUUUUCAUCACCGGGAUUAUUGGCGUGGUUCAUGGUUGCACCAUGUCAAAAAAACUGCGUGCUGUCGUGAUUGGUUUCAAUGUGCUGGCGUCCGUGCUGGCUGUGGUUAUGUUAGCCCUUGCAGUCGGAUGGCGGCUUCUGGAUCCCGAAGGAUUCCUUUAUACUGACUGCGAAUACCCGUUUGUGCCAUGGAUUUAUUAUUAUGCCCCUCAUUGCGAAGCGGCGCAUAAGGUGCAAAUCAUGGGCGCCACGAUGAUGGCCGUCGCUGUAUGGGAAGUCAUUUUUGGGGUAGUAGCUGCUGUUGUAGUUCGCGGAGCAGAAACCGACGAAGCGCCACACGAGCGGAAAAAGUUCAGACGGCCAUGAAAAGAGCGAAAGAAUGUAAAAUCGUUGACAACCACGUCGGUCAUAUAUACAUUUCCCUUCUGAACUAUAAAAAAAGCAAAACUUUUAGUGGAGUUAAUUGUAUACCGAUGUUCAUUUGAAUGGUUACGUCAAAAUAACCCAAUUGAACCGGCACCUCUGGUGUUGCAACCAAUAACAGUUACAGUAUUUUUUUA